AUGAAAAUCCUGUACUUUCUAACUUUACUGCUUUGGCACUUUAGUUGGUUUUACCUUGUUCUCAUUCCCUUAGUGUUGAGUCCUGCUGAUGCAAGUCAAGGUAAUCCAGGAUCCAAAUUAGGAUUGUCAAACAUAGAUGGAAAGGAGAGAAAUCCCUUGCCAAGGUCAGGUACCUUCAGAACGGGAAACCAUGGAUAUGUUUCUGAGAAUUCAAAAUCAAGGGCAAAAAGUAAUACUGCUCAAGCCGGAGCUCUCUUGGCAAAGACUGAUGACACAAAGAAGUCUCUGUCUAAAGCAGCGAGCACAGACAAAAAGGUAGGACAUUCUUCAAUCAGACAACCAGAAAUAAGGACAGUGACCCCAAAGGUGCAGAACUUUGGCCCCAAGGCCCCACUGAAGAAAACCGGCACAGGGAAUUCAGAUGCCAGCUCCUACACAACUAAAAAGACUGAAGACUCUAUUGCCCAAAGAGAUUCUAAGGAGGCAUUCAGGCAUCCUGCUAUCACACCACAUGAAUACAUGCUCUCCUUGUAUAGGACUUUUUCUGAUGCAGAACGGAAAGGUAUUAAUGGAAGUAUAAAACUGGAGACUGGACUUGCCAAUACAAUCACAAGCUUCAUCGACAAAGGGCAAGAUGAUCGAGCUCUGGCUAUUAAAAAGCAGAAAUACAUUUUUGAUAUCAGUGCAUUAGAAAAAGAAGGGUUACUGGGGGCAGAACUGCGUAUUUUAAGAAAAAAGCCUUCUGACACCUGGAAGCCUAAUUCUCAUGGGAAAACCUGUCAAAUGAAACUAUUCAGUUGCUCCAUAAGCAGGGAAACAUCCAUUCUCUUGGACUCUCGGACAAUCAAUAUCUUAGAUACUGCAAAAUGGGAAGUUUUUGACAUUUGGAAACUUUUUAGGAAUUUUAAAAACUCUGCUAACUUGUGCUUUGAACUGGAGGCUGUUGAAAGGGGGAGGCCUAUUGAUUUAACUACUGUGGGAUUUAACAGAUCAGGGAGGCAAGUCAAUGAAAAAGCUCUCUUCUUAGUAUUUGGUAGGACAAAGAAAAGAGAUUUGUUCUUCAAUGAAAUAAAAGCCAGAUCUGGCCAGGAUGACAAAACUGUUUAUGAAUACUUAUUCAAUCAAAGAAGAAAGAGAAGGGCUCCUCUAGCAACUCGGCAAGGAAAGAGGCCGAAUAAGAACCUGAAGACAAGAUGCAGCAAAAAAGCACUUCAUGUGAAUUUUAAGGAUAUGGGCUGGGAUGACUGGAUAAUAGCUCCUCUUGAGUAUGAAGCUUAUCAUUGUGAAGGACUCUGCGAAUUUCCUCUUCGGUCUCAUCUGGAACCCACCAAUCAUGCUGUUAUCCAAACAUUAAUGAACUCUAUGGAUCCUGAGUCCACACCUCCAACUUGUUGUGUUCCAACAAGACUGAGUCCUAUUAGCAUCCUGUUUAUUGACUCUGCUAAUAAUGUAGUCUACAAACAAUAUGAAGAUAUGGUAGUAGAGUCAUGUGGCUGUAGGUAG